UCAUCCCCUUCAGCAUGGGGCCCCUGGGCUCACCUCUGGCCAAGGUCGGCAUCGAGCUGACGGACUCGCCCUACGUGGUGGCCAGCAUGCGCAUCAUGACGAGAAUGGGGACGCCCGUCCUGGAGGCUCUGGGUGACGGGGAAUUCGUCAAGUGCCUCCAUUCCGUGGGGUGCCCCUUGCCUUUAAAAAAGCCGCUGGUGAACAACUGGGCCUGCAACCCAGAGCAGACGCUUAUCGCCCACCUGCCCGACCGCAGGGAGAUCAUCUCCUUCGGGAGCGGCUACGGCGGCAACUCGCUGUUGGGGAAGAAGUGCUUCGCGCUCAGGAUGGCCAGCCGGCUGGCCAAGGAGGAGGGGUGGCUGGCCGAGCACAUGCUGGUAAGAUGCAGGGAAUUCUGAGUGAGCAGGGUCGGG